AUGGAGGCUCUACAGAAGUACCUUUCAAAGGGGUUUGAGAUGAAGGACCUUAGACAGUUGAAGUAUUUUCUCGGAAUUGAAGUUGCAAGGCCAAAGAUGGGGAUUUCUUUAUCCCAGCGAAAGUAUGUACUUGACUUGUUAGCUGAGAUCGGAAUGCUUGACUGCAAGCCUGUUGAGACACCAAUUGAGAUGAAUCACAACCUUGCCAUCUAUCCGAAUCAAGUUCCAACUGAUAAAAGAAGGUACCAACGUCUAGUAGGGAGACUUAUUUAUCUUUCUCAUACUAGACCUGAUAUUGCUUAUGCUGUGAGUGUGGUUAGUCGAUUUAUGCAUUGUCCCAGCGAAGAUCAUAUGGAUGUAGUGUAUCGUAUUCUAAAGUAUCUUAAGAUGACACCUGGAAAAGGCUUGUUAUUUGAAAAGAAGGGUGAAUCGGAAGUUGUAGGGUACACAGAUGCUGAUUGGGCUGAUGAUAAGACUGACAGAUGGUCUACAUCUAGGUAUUUUACAUUUGUUGGAGGAAACCUUGUAACUUGGUGUAGUAAGAAACAAAAAGUCGUUGCAAGAUCAAGUGCUGAAGCAGAGUUUCGAGGUGCCUCAUCAAGUGAGGAAUUUCUUGAAGUUGAGAGCAGCGAAACCAUCGGCAAUGUCAAAGCCAAGAUCCAAGUAGGUGUUUCGCACUAUGCCAAAAUAUUCAUCAGACGACAGUCCAGGACGACAGUCCAGGUCUGUCGUCUGACAGUUUUUUUUAUGUCGUCUGAGGUUGUGUCGUGUGAUUGA